AUGAGCUGUCAGAUAAAUCAGAUUGAUUCCAGAGUCAAAGAAUACUGGCGACCAACCCAGCUUCAAUCCCCACCCGAAGUUAUAGUGAAUACAAUGACACACCUACCACCGAGACCUAUUGCCGACUUCCUCAUUACCAUGUUCUUCAAGUACGUUGAGAUCAACUCCUUUUACAUGGAGCGGAAAUGGAUCGAAGAGAAGGUAGCCCUCUGUUACAGCUCGAUAACUACAUAUACGGCCAUUGAUUUUCCUUGGGUAUGCUCUGUUUUUAUUGUUCUGGCCAUUGGAACCCAGGUAGCCCACAUGGAGGAUGAAAAACCAAAGCCUGCUUCAGAGAUCACCGAAGAACUCAACCUGUGCUCCGAGGACUCUGUCGGGCUAGUCUUCUACCACGCGGCAUGCAAGCUUAUUCCAGAUGUUCUUUUGGUUGCUUCCCACGAAAGUGUGCAGGCCUUCUUGCUUCUCGCCACAUAUUCACUGCCUGUUUCGACGGGUGGCCUUGCAUAUACCUAUUACGGUCUUGCAAUGAAGAUGGCGAUUCAAAAUGGGAUGCAUCGCAAAUAUCAAGGUGGUAACUGUGACUCUAGAACUAUCGAAGUUAGGAAUCGGUUAUUUUGGACAGCAUACACUAUUGAAAAAUAUGUCAGCAUCAUGCAUGGACGCCCUAUUUCAAUCGCGCGAUCUGAAAUAAACGCUGAUAUGCCAAGGGACUGUCCGACAUUUGAGUCACCACGCUUUGCCAAUCUAACCGCGUUUCAUACAUUGAUUUUAUACUUGGGAGAGGUCUCUGAAACACUUGCACAAUUUAAAAGAUGUCCGAAAAGGCUUCUUUCUGAAUAUUCAGAGCGGCUCGAGCGGCUAAGGAUGAGUAUCAAGCAGUGGUGGGACUCACUCCCAGCUACUGAAGAAUGUCGAGACCUAUGCUCGCAAGGCCCGAAUUUCCGACAAAACGCACAUCUCAGACUGUGCUAUCUGCUUAUAUAUGUCUACAUGGGGCGUGCAUUUAUAUUUGCUGAUGACAGAAAAGAAUCAGGUGAAGCUAUAAUUGGUGCAGAUCAUGACUCAGGACGGGUGCGUCGAUCAUUUUUGGUGGAUGACUGCGUAUCGAGUGCUUUGGACAUUCUCAACACUUUACAAUCUUUAUCCGACCAUGUCGGCCUUUGCCGCGCUUCUUACAAUGAAUUUGGUGCUUGUCGUGCGGCUAUUCUGGUUAUCCUUGCAGAAAGCCUCAACUCGGGAAAAUCCCAGAGACUCCAAGAUGGCCUGCACCGUGGAAUGGGUCUCAUACGUCAGAUGGUAGGAGGAAGCUCUUCAGAAUCCGAGAUAUCAUACCUCGAGUCUCUCGAAACAGCCAUCAGUCAGGUCCUAGUCGUCCCCGAAGAUGACAUUGUCUUGCAGCCACAAAGCGACCAAAGUUAUAUGUCCGCAUAUUCGAAGUUCAAAGACUGGACGCAGUCACUGAAGAAGGAUAAAUCUCCAAGUGGAAAUGUGGAGCUGUCUUCUUUUAGUCCGUUGUCGCAUCUCACACCUGGUACAGAAGCUUUUGCGAAUCAAGAGCUGAACGAUAUGACGGCUUUCUUUCACCCUGAUUGGUCAAAUGGUGAUUUUGAAUUUGAUACGUAUAAUGUUUCAUCUCUGUCAAAAUGA